AUGAAGAUCAAGUCGAUUGUGCAGAAGCAGCUGCUCGAGUCGCGCUCAUCGUACCCGCGCACCGUACCUACUGUGCUGCCCUUCCACACGUUCACAUACUCGUCUCUGACUUCGUGGAUGGUUCGCGAGAUUGCGCGCCGGAAUGCCGAGCGGACGCUCUACAACGUCACCUCGAGCGACUGGUUCCCGGGCUUCCCGCAGCGGCCAGGGCGAUACCUGUUGCCUCAGUCGCUCUCGCAAGCCACUUCCGAGCACGGCAUCUUGCAGUCGCUACACUACCCGUACCCUUACUCCACGCCCCCGCCGCCCUUCCCCCACAUCAGGGUUGGCUAUCUCAGCUCGGACUUCAACAACCACCCGCUUGCGCACUUGAUGCAGAGCGUCUUUGGGAUGCACAACCGCGGCCGCUUCCGGGUGUACUGCUACUCCCUCUCGCCCCACGAUGGCUCGCCGUACCGUGCCAAGAUCGAGGCCGAAUCGGACUACUUUGUUGAUGUAUCGAUGUGGUCCGUCAAGGACAUUGUCGAGCGCAUCGUCAGCGAUGGCAUCCACAUCCUCUGCAACCUCAACGGGUACACCAAAGGCGGCAAGAACGAGGUCUUUGCCGCCCGCCCUGCCCCCAUCCAAAUGGCGUUCAUGGGCUUUGCCGGAACGAUGGGCGGCGGGCCACGUUGGAUCGACUAUAUGGUCGUGGACGAGAUUGCCUGUCCUCGCAGGCUUGUCUGUGCGGAACCUCUACCACAGCGAGACAUUGACAACGACACUGGAUGCAUCGUCCCUGCCGACAACAGCACGCAUCACCUGCGCGGGCCGGUCCAACCCCACAACGACGCCAACCGCAUCUAUCUCGAAGGCCUGGUAUAUUUGCCGCAGACCUAUUUCGUGAACGACCAUCGCCAAGGAUUCCGAGAGGAAAUCGACGCCGAGGUCCUUCAACUUGUCCGGGAGAAUGGCGAGUCGGCUACCAGCGAGAUCGAAGGCCGGGUAAAGCAAACCCAAGAUUUGAUCUCGGCCUCGCAGCAGCUUCAGUACGGCCGGCUCGAUGACCCGGACCAAGAGUCGCUCACACCCGAAGAACGCCACCGCUGGACCGUUGAGCAGAUUCUGCGACUCAAGGGCCGCCGCGAGCUUUUCCCUCAGCUCGAUGAGCAAACUGUGAUCUUUGCCAACUUUAACCAGCUAUACAAGAUCGACCCGGAGAUCUUCAAGACCUGGAUGCAGAUCCUCAAGCGAGUGCCCAACUCUGUUCUCUGGCUGCUUCGGUUUCCACCUGCGGGUGAACCCCACCUGAAGCGCAAGGCUGUGGAGUUGGUUGGCGAGGAAGUAGCCCAGCGCCUGGUCUUUACAGAUGUGGCCCCAAAGCAUAUCCAUAUCCAUCGUGGGCGAAUCGCAGACAUAUUCCUUGACACUCCCGAGUGCAACGCCCACACCACCGCCGCCGAUAUCCUGUGGAGCGGUACUCCGUUGAUUACAUAUCCAAAGUACGAUUUCAAGAUGUGCAGCCGUGUGGCGGCUUCGAUCUCCUAUGCCACUGGCACUUGGAAUCGCCUCAAAGACCCACACCUUCUCGGCCAUCUGAUGGUCGUCAACUCGUACGAAGAGUAUGCCGAUCAGGCCGUCAUGCUUGCUCGCAGCGUCAAGUGGAGCAAGGGGCCUAUGUCGCAGUGCCUGACAUCACUUGCGAUGCUAGCGCCUUCGGGCUUGCUGGUUCGCCUGCGUCGGCGGCUCUUCCUGACCCGAGAUAUCCAGCCCCUGUUUGACACCAACCGGUGGGUCAGGGGCCUCGAGGCGGGGAUGGAGCUGGCGAUGGAUCGCUGGAACCAAGGGUGGAGCCACAUGAUGGAGCCCCGCAACCACCUCGAGUUCAAGGCCGUGAUGAAGAGCGGGAUAGGCUCUGGACGCCUUGUCCUCGAGCCGAGCGCCGGAUCAGACGGCCAUCCUGACUCGAACGAGGUGUUGGAUCUGGCUGCCUACAGACCCGAUGUGCCCAAGAAGCGGAUGCGUCUGUCGUCGCGAUGUCUGUGGGUUAACGAAGACGGCUUGUAA